AUGGAGAACUUGUCCAUCAUAGUUAGUUUUGAGCUGACCCUGGAUCCAUUUUUCAUUCCUUCAGGAGCAAAAUAUCCCAUAUUCAUCUUUGGCAUCUUCAUCUACAUGUUCGGCGCUUUUUGCAAUCUGGCACUUUUGCUUCUCAUCAUUCUGACGGAAAGUCUUCACAAGCCAAUGUACUUCAUUCUGUUCAGCCUCCCUCUCAAUGAUUUUGUCGGGAUCACAUCCAUGCUUCCUAAAGUUCUCUCUGACAUUUUGACAGAAACCAAUAACACAUACUAUCCUCUCUGUGUGCUGCAGGGUUUUCUGCUCCACAUGUAUGGAGGAGGUGUUAUGUUUGUCCUUGCUGUGAUGGCUUUUGAUCGCUACAUUGCCAUUUGUAUGCCGCUACGAUAUAAUGCUCUCAUGACACCAAGAGUUGUGAUGACGGUUGUGGCUCUUGCGUGGGGGCUUGACUUUGUUAUCAUUUGUGUGUUGUUUUCCUUGCACGCAUUGCAUUCAAGAUGCAGAUCUCAUAUUCUGAGUUUGUUUUGCGAUAACCCUUCUUUACUUAAGCUGGCCUGUGGUGAUACUACUGUCAACAACAUAUUCGGCUUAUUUUUAACAGCCAUUAUGCAGAUUAUUACCAUUUCCAUUCAAGCAUUUUCCUACGUGAAGAUUCUGAUUACCUGCUUGACCACAAGAAGGUCGGAGGCAAAGAGCAAGGCUAUUAAUACAUGUGUCGCUCAGCUGGUUAUUUUCAUUACAUUCGAAGUUGUUGUGACUUUCUAUUUGCUGUCCCACAGAUUCUCAAACGUAAAUGCAAAUCUGCAAAAAAUAAUGGGCAUGCUCAUUUUUUUGGUGCCUCCGAUUAUGAAUCCAAUUGUUUACGGGUUGCAUAGCCAUGAAAUACGAAAACAUAUCCUUAAAAUAUUUCACAGAAAAACUUCAGUGUAA